AUGGAUCGUGGAAAUGCUUGGGAUUUGGUACAAGAGACACCAAAAACUCAACGACAAAAGUCGCAGAGUCCGUCAUGUCGAUCGCGUAAAUCUGAAGUUAGUAUCCUCAAGCAGCUGAUUGAUUUGGACGUGGAUACUGUCGAGAUACCGCCAGAGGAAUUGUCGAUGAUUAUCGAUGAAGAAGUGCGCAGAGAAUCGGAACGACGAACACGUCGUAGUCGAUCGCCAGCAGUGGAAUCGCUCCGUAAAGUGAGUCGAAUCGUGCUGCAAAAAGUGGGUAUACGUCAGAAACGUCAUUCACAAGUGCAUGACACAAGUCCACGAGGCGAAAUUCCUUGGAUUGAACUUGGUUUGCUAUGCACCAAACCAAUCACCUACAUCUACGAACGUAAAGUGGAGCCAUUUGUGUCGCCACGUCGUCCACUCAGCGCACACAGCUCAUUCAGUUCAUUUCGAGAUCGCUUUCCGGUUGAAGAGAAAUGCGCAUAUUUGUUCCGCGGUGAUUCUCUGCAAGAGCCGUUGGCGACGGUACCUGAAGAACUGGACCGUGUGCACGUCUACGAUCCGUAUUGUCCAGUACAUGGCUCAAGAAGACGUUUGACGAGGCGACGACCGAUUCGAGAUCUAGGCAGUUUCCAAGUGACCACAAUUGAUUCGGUGGAAAUCAACGAGCCAACGUCGGAGAUUCUGAUCAGUCAAGCGUAUGCUGCGAAAAUUAUACGCAAACGACGUCGAGCGACACGAAGUCGUCUCGAGAAGAUUCGUUUUGAGAAGGCAAAAUGCAAGAUUCGCAUGAAUCUCUGGGUGAUCAGUGUGGCUUUUUUGUUUCUGUUCACCGCUUUCCAUGGACUGCAAAACUUACAAACCUCACUGAACGGUCAACUUGGUGCUGAUAGUCUUGGUGUAUUUUAUAUAAGUCUUGCAAUCUCAGCACCUUGUGUUCCGCCGUUCAUGUUGAAUCGUCUUGGCUGCAAAUUGACAGUAGCGACGUCAGCCGGUUGUUAUAUGAUCUAUAUGAUCGCCAAUUUCCUGCCCAAAUACUAUUCACUACUACCAGCGGCUGUGCUGGCUGGUUGUGCAGGAAGUUGCCUGUGGGCAGCAAACUGUGUUUAUAUUCUCGAAAGUGGUCUGAGAUAUGCACAAAUCAAUGUGGAAGCACAAAACGUUGUGGUUGUAAGAUUUUUCGGUUAUUUCUUUAUGAUACUACAUCUUGGACAAGUAAUUGGCAAUCUUCUAUCAUCAUUCAUACUGACCACAGUUACGGGAUAUCAAAAACCGGCUGAUCGCGUUGAAACGUCUUGUGGACACUUGUAUCGUGAAAAUGUUACGUUGCUAAGCGAACGAGCUGCCGAGAAUCUGCGUAGACCACCGCAAAGUGCUUAUUUGGCUGUGUGCGGUGUGUAUUUUUGCUGUACAAUAGUGGCAUUGAUGAUCAUUUUGAUGUUCCUGAAUUCACUUCGUAAAGAUAAACUCGCACGACAGAAAGCACCGUAUUUCUCGACGGACGUUCUCAAAGUGACUUUGUACAAUAUCACGCAUCCACGACAAAUUAUGCUCAUCCCACUGACGAUUUUCAACGGAAUUGAGCAGGCGUUCGUGGUUGGACUUUAUACGAAGGCAUACGUUGGAUGCGGCCUAGGUAUCAGUCAAAUAGGCUUUGUGAUGACGUCGUUCGGUGUGGCUGAUGCCAUCUGCAGUCUGGUGUUUGGACCGUUAAUGAAGCUGUUCGGACGAAUGCCUUUAUUCGUCUUUGGUGCGGUCAUUAAUAUGCUUAUGAUCAUGACGCUUAUGAUAUGGCCAUUGAAUCCAGGCGAUACAGCGCUAUUUUACGCGAUCGCUGGUGUUUGGGGUAUGGCGGAUGGUGUUUGGAAUACGCAAAUAAAUGGUUUAUGGGUGGUUUUAUCGAACGGUAAUCUGGAAGGAGCGUUCGCAAACUACCGAGUGUGGGAGUCAUUCGGGUUUGCGAUCGGUCUCCUUCUGACACGUUAUACGACAAUCGCACAAUUUUUGGUAUUUUCAUUCACGAUCCUUCUGAUCGGCAUCAGUGGAUACGCUGGUGUGGAAUUCUACGAUCAGUUAGCGGUUUAUUUCAAGAGUAUGUAUGGUGUAUGUCUUGCUGAUAUUAUCAAUACUCGUAAUGAUAAUAUCGAUAGCAAUAUUUAUAAUAAAACAAGUAAUGGUGAUCACAGUAAUCACGACAGCGAUAGCAAAUCGAACAACUAUUGUAAAGUUUGA